AAGCGCGCUCACGCAGUGGUCCGUGCGCUCUCGAGUGGAACGAUGUCGCGCGCGUGUCUGGCUCUGCUGCUCGCGCUCUCCUUACCUGGAUAUCUGCACGCGCUGCACGGAUUAUACGCCUUCGACCAGCCCGAGCUCUUUCAGAAGAAGAGCCACUGCAAACCCAUACCUGCAAACCUGCUCCUGUGCCAUGACAUCGAGUACACGGACAUGCGUCUGCCCAACCUCCUCGGACACGAGAGCAUGACCGAGGUCCUGCAGCAGGCAUCCUCCUGGACCCCUCUGGUGCAAAAACAGUGUCACCCGGACACCAAGAAGUUUCUGUGCUCUCUGUUCGCUCCGGUGUGUCUGGAUGAUCUGGACGAGCCGAUACAGCCGUGCAGGUCUCUGUGUGAGAGCGUGAAGAGCGGAUGCGCUCCGGUGAUGGCCGCCUUCGGGUUCCCUUGGCCGGACAUGCUGGACUGCGCUCGCUUCCCUCUGGAUAAUGACCUGUGCAUACCACCAGCGGGCGCAGAUGCCCUAGUGCCAGUCACCAAGGAAGUUCCAAGGGUGUGUGAUGCCUGCAAAGAAAAGCCUGAGAAUGACAAUGAAAUUGUGGACAGCUUAUGCAAGAAUGACUUUGCUUUAAAGAUCAAAGUCAAGGAGAUCUCCUACAUGAAUGGCGACACCAAGAUCAUUCCAGAAACCAAGAGCAAAACGAUCUACAAGCUGAACGCAGGAGUUACUGAGCGUGACCUCAAGAAGACGGUGCUCUGGCUGAAAGAUGGUCUUCAGUGUGUGUGUGAUGAGAUGAACGACAUCCAUGCUGCUUAUCUGGUGAUGGGCCAGAAGAUGGAUGGAGAUCUGGUCAUCACGUCGCUGAAGCGCUGGCAGAAGGGUCAGCGCGAGUUUAAGAGAAUUUCUCGCAGUAUUCGCAAACUUCAGUGCUAGGAAUCUCCUCCGAUCAGAGCACACACACACACACACACACACAAAAGGUCUUGAAUAUAAGACCAGUAUCAGUCACACCAUAGAUCAAUGCAUUUAAAACCCUAAAGUCUGCUUUCCCAGGCCAGUCAGAGCUCAGGAUUUAGGGUGAUGGAAAAUAGCACCUAGCAUAGAUUCACCUUUUUGUUUUCCCUCUUAAGUUUUGAUCAGUCAUAUUAACUAUUCACAAAACCCAUUCGCUCAUUCCUCUCUUCAAACAUUUUUAACUAUAGAGCCCCAAAUAGAGUCUGACAAAUUGCAUUAAAUGAACAAGUUGUUGCAUUAUAUCGCUAGAAGUGUGUGGAAAACCCGUCUAAUUAACGAGUUAUUAACUGCUAUCCCGUUAUUUCUACUGAACUAGAAAUCUCCAUCAUCAUUUGCUCGUCCUCAAGUCAGUCCAAACCAGACUUUCGUUCAUCUUUCGAAACACAAAUGAAGAUUUGUUUCAUGAAACUUGAGAGAUUUCUGUCCCUCCAUUGGAAGCCCGUGCCUUCAGUUUAAUAAAAGCUCUUUAAACAUAUAAACAUUGAUCAGUGUGCAUGCGUGAGCACAAACAUAUGGUGCAUGGAAGCUCGGUAAUUUAUUCAUGACUCACAAUAAGCAGUUAGGUUUGUUUUUGUGCCACACACACGCAUGUUUGAGUUUCAAGAACCAAUGAGAUCCUCUAUCAAAUAUCAUUAAGAAGCAUGUUUUUUUAGCAAUGCAUGGUCUUUGUGGACUUGAAUCUGCCGCAGUAAAUAAGUGAGAGCGCUGAAGUGUGAGAAGUUUUGCUUUUAUCAGCACAGAGAGAUAGCUGGCUCUAUUCUCAACAUUAAAAAUAGAUAUCCCAUGUAACACUAGCCUGUAUGUUAAUGUGAAUGUUUUCAUUUCUCCCCAGAUGAGCAACACGCUCAUGUUUUCUUUAGCCCAGACUUUUUACCUUCUUUCUACUUGAGCCUAAUUACUGCACUGUAUCUGUAUUGUAUCUUUUAAACUACAAUCAGCAGUUUUAUAUAGUAUUGGUGUAUUUCCUUUCUGUGUCAGCUAUUUUAAUAAUGUUGUACUGUAUGGGUCUGUGUCUUGUUAAGCUCACAGAGUUGUUUGCCUAAAUAUCCUCAGUAUUAGAGUAAGGUCACAUGCUGCACCGUUACAGCAGUGUUGAUUUAAUUGUGUUUUAUUGUGCAGUUAGUCGGUGGAGAACAUCUCAAGAUAAUAUCCAAACUAUGGUGGUACUCUGUAAAUAUUCAGAUUUUUAUGCUUGUACAUAGUUUCAGUAUUUUGUCAUGUUAUUAGUGUAAGUGCAUUCAUUUACACCCACCGCCAUGUAAUGUAAUUUGCAUCAUUUUUCUUCAACAGCCACACAAUACAAAAUAAGAGCAAAUAAAAUUCAAAAGAAAAUCAUAA